AUGUCACAGCGCCGCAGGGAUGCCUAUAACCUCCUAUCUGUCGCACCUAUCUACGACUUAACCAGUGUUCUUCUGCGUUGCCUGGCCUCUUCCACUUCUCGCCACCCCUCUGGUGGUCUUAUUCCACCCGAGGCCACUGACCUCUUCGUCCAGACCACGCAACUGCAGUACCGUCUUGUUGAUCGACGUCCCGUGUACAAGCUGCGUCAAUACGAGGACUGGGUCCACCUCCUCUGUCAUGGGAGGCAGCUACUGGCCUACCGGAUUAUAGUCCAGUUUCUUCUGCCCGCGCCUGAACGCCAACUCUUGCUGAAAGUGCUCUCUCUUCUGCACCGGAUAGCAGCGAAUGGCGAGAAGAGUAAGAUGUACGCAGAAUCUUUGGCCCGUUGCUUGGCACUGGCCGUUUUUGGUUCACCGCAGACAACGCUCAAGUGGAGUCAGGCGGAGAAUGCCAGCACCCAGAUGAGCUGGUACAUUGACACGCUGGUAAAUUUGAUUGAACUCUACGAGGAGUUGGAGACACUGCCAGCACUGGUCUAUCAGGACGUUCGGACCAACCUGCGUUCCAAGUUGGGUCAUUCGCCACUUCGCCCAGUAAGCGGACAUAAUCACAGAGUGGACGACGCCGCAUUGAAGAGAAGUUGGGCCACCUGCAAACUCUCCUGUGAUCUUGCAGAUAAAGACAAGAAGGGGGUGUCCCAGCGCGUCGAAUCUGCAAUACCGCUUGACGACCAACAGCUGAGAACGAAAGACAACCGGUCGUUCCUUCUGACACACCUUUGCGGCUGGUCAAAGUCAUCCGAGGGUGAAAUGCUUCGGUUUCCACUGCCCAUCGGUUCGGAAAACGAUGCAACUGAGGCAGUGGCGCAGAAAUCGGAGCAAACGGCUCCGAGUAGUCGAGACGGCGUUCGCAAGAUCACCAGCCCCUUUAUAGUGUGGAAAAAGAAGCGCAACGCCUCAAAAGUUAAGCCUCUCGUCGAGGGAACCUUGACGAAAAAGGAGUCGGUGGCUCGACGAGCAAGAGCCGUGCUCACAGACCCCUUGUGA